AUGUUACAAUCUUUAUAUUUUCGAAAUUGUAAUGAACAACAUACUUUAUUAAUUACUCAAUAUAGAGAAAUGAAAAAAGAAUGGAAAGAAAAUAUUUAUUUGGCGAGAUCAAAAAUACAAGGAUUGGGGUUAUAUGCAAAAAGAGAUUUGGAUAUGAAUCAAAUGAUUAUUGAAUAUUUGGGGGAAAUGAUUAGAAAUGAGGUUUGUGAGAUGCGUCAAAAACGUUAUAUAGAACAAAAUAGAGGGGAAUAUAUGUUUAGAAUUGAUGUUGAUUGGGUUGUUGAUGCUACUAUGGCUGGUGGAUUAGCUCGUUAUAUAAAUCAUUCUUGUGAUCCAAAUUGUGGGACUAAAAUAUUAACAAUUAAUGAUGAAAGUAAAAUUGUUAUAUUUGCAAAUAGACCAAUUAAAGCGGGGGAAGAGUUGACAUAUGACUAUCAAUGUGGGUUUUUAUUUUUAUUAUUUAUUAGCUAUUUUUUAAUAUUUUGGCUUAAAUUUUGA